UGUACCUAUUCUACAUCUUUAUUCCUAAGAAGUCCGACAUGUCGCGCAGCAUUCUGUACAUCGCAUUCUUUGCUGCGUGUUGCGCCGUCAUCCACGCAACGCCUUUGAACGGCAUUCCUGAGCUUCCAUCACUAAAUCUUGAUUUCCCUCCACCAGUUCCAAAUGCACCAGACCUCCAAACCGCGGGUGCCUACCCGACCAACAGCCCCAUCAGACCAGACGGGAAACUAUCCGGGGCCCUUGCAAACCAGAACAUUUUCAUGGAGCCGUUAGGUGGCGUCGAAUUUGGAAAAUCGUUUGGCGGGUUUGGUAAGCAGAUAGGAGGAACUGGAAUGAACUCCGGAUUUAACCAGAACACUGGGACUGGUUUUGGAUCUCCUUCUUUGGGACAGCUGGGCAUGAAAUCCGGCUUUGGAACACCUUCCGGAUCCUUUGGAGAAGUCCCAAAUGCAGGUAUAGGCCAAAUGGACAUAUACUCCGGCAUUGGAAAUCCCUCCGGAUUCUUAGGAGAAGUCCCUAAUGCAGGUGCAGGGCAACCUGUCGUAGAUCUUGGACUGACAAGCGGACAAGGAAGUGCGCCCACUAGUGGGCAAGUCCAGCCUCAAACCAAUACUUAUAGGUCAGGCACUCCUCAAGUUCCCGGAAUUAGAGGCGGCGUGAGAAAUAUCAGCAGACGACCCAUGCCGUUCAUGCCGAUUUUCACACCACCGCCCGUAAUUCUCCUACCCCCACGCCGGUCGUUCUCAUUCAUGUUUGGGCGUCGACCUCGGCUCGUUACAAUCCCACUUAUUCCUCUAGGAGCACCAGUGCCGAUCUCGAUGGCGCGAAGACCAUUUUAGACAUGUGUUUUUUGCAUAAUCCAAGGGCCUCGGGAUGAGAUGGAGAUGACGUCAUGGAUCUGUACGUUGUAUUUGUAGUGCCACGUCAGCAUUAAACUUCAGUGCAAAAAAACUCCCAACUACUUGCGUGUUUGUGCUGUCCACUUGGUACCGCGACUUUAAAUGCUUUUGUACGUUAUGUAACGUCUAUUUGUUGAGUAAUAAAUGUUGCCAUUUUG